AUGGUCAAUUACCAGAAAUAUUGGGUUAAUUUUGAUAGGCGUACUCCUGAGUUUAGGAAGUGCCUCGAUAAAUUAUUUUUGGAUAUUGCCUUCUCUCAACCCGGUGUGAAAAAUCAAAUACGUUGUCCUUGUCCCAAAUGCAACAAUUUUAUGUUCAAAUUUAGAAAUGAAGUUCAUCAUCAUGUGCGCCAAUGGGGGAUAGUGACCUCUUAUAAAACAUGGGUGCAUCAUGGUGAGAUACUUCAAGAUACAUCCACUAUAGAUGUGUCUGAUCUAAAUGAAAUUGAUUGUGAAAGGGAGAAUGAUUCUGCUACUUAUGAGAUGUUGUAUAACAUCUUUAGAGGAGAAACACUAGGGGAGACGCUGAGAGAUUUCGCUACCAACGUAGAUGAAAAUAUAGAAGAAGAACCUCAUCAGGGGGCAAAGAGGUUCCAGAGGCUAAUGAGGGAUUAUGAGCAAAGCCUUUAUCCGGACAGUGGGAUAUCAAGGUUAUCUUUCAUUGUCAAGUUGUUUCAAAUGAAAUGUCACUAUGGAUGGAGCAAUAAUUCAGUUGAUGCUUUGUUGCUCUUUCUAAAAAGCAUAUUUUCAAAGGAAAAUUCUUGUCCAACUUCAUUUUAUGACGUUCGAAAAGUGAUUCGAGAUUUGGGAUUAGAUUACGAGAAGAUAGAUGCUUGUGUGAAUGACUGCAUUUUGUUUCGGGGGCAAACAUACGCUGGUCUUAAUGAAUGUCCAAAGUGUAAGCAAUCUAGAUGGGUGAAGGGGAAGGGGAAUGAAAAGGAUAACCUACGGAAGAAGGUACCCCAGAAGAUACUAAGAUACUUUCCGUUAAAACCUAGGCUUCAAAGGAUCUUCAUGUGUGAAGAAACAGCGCUAGCAAUAAGGUGGCACAAAGAGAAACGACUUGACGAUGGAGUCCUAAAACACCCAGCAGAUUCGAUGGCGUGGAAGACAUUUGAUAAGGAGCACGAAUGGUUUGCACGUGAUGCUAGAAAUAUCAGGCUUGGAGUUGCUAGUGAUGGAUUCAAUCCGUUUGGCAAUAUGAACAUUUCCUAUAGUACUUGGCCAGUUGUUCUCAUUCCAUAUAACUAUCCUCCUUGGAUGGUUUUGAAACAUUCAAAUUGGAUGUUAUCUCUACUUAUUCCAGGCCCUAAAUCCCCUGGCAAUUCUAUUGAUGUAUACUUAGAACCGUUAAUUGAAGAGUUGAAAGAAUUGUGGGAAGGGGGUGUUGAAACAUUUGACGUGGUUCAAAAACAGAACUUUAAGUUGUCUGCUGCAGUUUUAUGGACAAUAAAUGAUUAUCCAGCCUAUGCCAUGUUAUCAGGUUGGAGCACUAAAGGUGCACUUGCAUGUGCGUUUUGCCACAGGAAAAACUAG